UUCGUGGACGCGCCUCAUCAAUAUAUUAUUCUACCUUGAAGAUCAACUCUCGUUCCUCAUCGCGCGACAUCCUAGACAGGAAGACUGGGGAAGUAUGGAAACCGCAUCUUACAUUCAUUCAGAAACCGCGACCAGUCAUUCUUUCAGGACGCCAUCUUUCUUCGAUGGACUGUUGUUGGCACUCUAGGCCUCACUAGCCCUCUUACCGCUGAUGAAUUUCUUACUCCUCGAGAUUUCAUCCUCUUCACACAUCCUCUACCAAGCAUCUCUACGGCGUCUCUCAUCCACACUUGAGCUGCCUCUUUGCACCCUUGUCAACGAUUUGUCGCUGUCUGGUGUCAUCAGCGUGUGCCGAUGAAGCUGUCAUAGAUUCUCCCAGCUGUUUCAGUCUUAUUCAUAAGACAGAUACUCAUAACACAUACAUUUUCUCACAACAGAUCACAGCCUCUUCCUCUCCUCCUAUUCAGCAUGGCUGAAUCACAAUCUCCAUCGCGAGGCGAUGCGUCACCAAAAUUGGGAAAACCAAAGAACCGUUCAAAACCUUCAUUCAAGGUUGGCUACCAAUCUCGAAAUGCCCCGGCUUCCUCACGCCAGGCCACUCUUCCGCAGAGUUCUUUCCAGGGCAAACUCAACUUCGUAGGUAGAGCCAUCAUCGCCGUUGAAGGCCCCUCGAAAAGUGGCAGCGAGAACUUCGCCGGGCCCUGUCCACCGGCAGUUACUCGUCGUGGUAGGCGAUCGGGUCCAUCUGAUCCUCGUACUUUCGUCAUCAAUACACCAAACAACAUGACGAGUGGCGGGAAGAUCAAAAACCCUACACGAUCACGUGGACUUCCAAAGCCUAAUGAAACCGCCGAGGAUCAAGAAUUCGAAAGCGCUACAAGGAAGAGGCCUAGACUCGGACAAGUGUUCAGACCCAGUCGACCUCUUAAAAAUUCGGAUCAGAUAAACAGCGAUGUGUGGCAGAUUAUCCUUGGUUACUGCAAGCCCAAGCAGCUUCUUGAGGCCAAGACUAUGAGUCGUGAAUUCUAUCACCUACUAUCCCAACGUGCUGGAAUUUGGAAAGAGAGCCGACUAAAUCAUUACGGACCUGAUAUGCCGGAGUGCCCGAGCAGCCUGACAGAGCAGCAAUAUGCCUACCUCCUCGCUGGUCGUGGUUGUCAGAACCCUACAUGUCCCAGAGAUCAGACGUUCAGGGUGUCAUGGGUCUUUCAAGUCCGCCUUUGCUCGGAAUGUUUCAGACAGAAAACUAUACGAGCCGACGACCUCCCUCCGCACCGCAGGUAUAUGAUCGAUGCCGAUGAAAGUCAAGACUCUCCUGCAGAUGAUUCGCGCGUGUGGAGGACAACGCUUUCGGACCUCCUUCCACAGGCUAAAAGUGACGGUCGACGCUAUGGCGGACCUCGUGCUGUCAAUGACGGCGCAAAUAACUGGUACCGAGGCAACUUGCGCCAGUACGUGUUCCUCAAAUCCGCCUAUGCGCGUCUCGAAUCUGAAUAUCUGGAGCUUCGAAGCUCCAAUCCUUCCAACGCCAUGGUCAUCGAUUGGCUGGAGCAAACCCAUCAGAAGAAUAUGAAGUUUAUGACAGAGGUCGCGGACUUUGAGCACUGGUAUACAAACCUGCCGCAGUCCAACGAAGAUUUCUACCACGCCAGAGUCGACUAUUUCGAGCAACGAGCAGCCCAGCUUUCGCCUCCCAUGGAACGACCCGUCUUGUGGAACAUGGCCGCUUUCAGGAGAGUGCUCAAGGUUCAGGUACGGCCGACGGAACGAUCUUGGCAACUGCUCAAAGAGAAGAUACUUCCCUACAGAACGCAGGCCGAACGAGUGCACGAAUACCAUGUACUGAUGAGAAUAACAUCACCACCGGGGCUGACGUAUGGGGACCUGAGCAUGUACGAUCCGCAAUCAUUACCAUCCGCACCCAUGCUUGAACGGUUCAAGCGACUUAAGCAGCGGCGUUCGUGUCGAAAGCGUCUCCUACCAUCUUUCGUACCAGAGCAAGAGUUCAUCCUUGCAUUGGCGAGAGACGAGUUGGAUCGGUGUAUGGAAUCCGGAGUAGCGGAUGAAGAUCUUUUGCUGUUGACUCUGAAGAAUGUGUUCGACACGUACGCGCAACUCGAGGACCGUCCUACGGGACUUAAUUUUGACGGCACACAAGGACCGUAUUGCCUCAGCUUAGAUGACGCUCGCAUGAUUGUCGAAGAGGUCAUGGAGACAAAAAUCGACCACCUGUCACAACGUGGUUCGAUAGUGUUCUCGAGUCUGAGAUGCAGGGGCUGCCGUCGAAGGGACUUUACUAAGACCUGGUCUUUUACUGAUGCGUUCGAACAUAUACUCAAGGCCCAUGCAUCGUUGGUUGGCGAAGGCAUGGAGUUCUGGCAAUUCGCAGUGCCCUAUACUCGGGACAGGCCAGAGUGGUUUCCGGGACGACUGGAGCCCAAAACUGAGGAUGCAUUUCCCUGGUACACGGUGCCAUGGCCAAGAUGUUUACCACUAGUGCCGGUGCACCAAGAACCCUGGAAGUUGGACGACUGGCAUCCAGCCGUAACUCAGAUCUAUGUCAAGUUGGAGAAAACACCAGCAAUCUCAGCGUUCGAAGGACGGCAGCCACGCCCAAAUUCGUUACAAGAUGCUGAUUUUGUUGCCAACAUUCGAUUUGCGGCUCAAACCUUGAAGGGAGUAUGGCUUGACGAGCUCUGUCAAAUGAAAAUCGCUCUCAAGUACGCCAUGGCGCUCCACACUGCAGGCUCAAUGACCGAACCUCCAUUGGAGACAUUCAAAAAGGGCCUCGCCGAAAUCCAAAUUGUCAAUCCAGCUAUCGACUUGCAGUUUCGAUGCGGCGUUUGCAUUCAAGAAGGCAAAGUCCAUCAUAACGCCCGACAGGUCAAGUACAGAAUUCCGAUUGGCGACCUCUUAACACAUUGGGAAGAGAAGCACCAAAAUCACGGUUUUAAGUGGAUCGAAGCCAUGCACUUACCGUCUGACAGCAAGGUUUUGGUGUUGAUCAACAAGGCGGAUGAGAAAAUACGGGAGGAGAAAGAGGAAGCCAGGGAAAGAGAGGCCAAGAUCGGGGACAGCAUCAGAAAGCGCCCGAGAUUGAAGAACAGUGUGGUGAUGCAGGCUCGGAUGGCAAAGGAUGCUUUUGACGAGCUCUUCCCGCUAGUGUCAGGUUCCUCACUGCCCGCGGAGAUGGAGAUGUAGAAUGGUCGAAAUGUAAGGAUGGGAGUCAACAGCGUGGCAUGAUGUUGAUGAAUUUCGUUACUACGGGCGCGGCGUUCCGGAUGAGAUGAGAAUGUUCGGGGAAUGACAUUGUCACGGGAUUCAAGAGGCGACUUGCGAAACGUUCGGGAGUCACGGUAUGCAAGAGUUAUUAGGAUAUUUGUAUGCAUAAG